UUCACUUCUACUUUCAACUGGUGUAGGUUAACACAUUCAUUGGUUAGACAAGUGCGCCUUUUGUUUUGACAUAUAAGCCUGUUUAAGACUUCCCAUCUGAAAAGCACCCUCAGCCUACAUUAGUGAAAAACACGUGCUGUUUGUUGAUCCCAGCAGCUUGCGCUUUCAAUGCCAAAGCUGGUACGUGAAUCAAGUGCAACUUUGAUCGGCGUACAACAAUAAUAAACACAAGUCUUAGCGCGUAAGUGAAGUAAAGUACAACAAAAAAUCGCGGUUCAUACAUCGCAUAUGAUGUCGAACGAGAUUUAAUAAGCUGCACUUAUCUCAGCGAGCCAGUGGUAGUAUCAUGCAAAUAAAAGAAGAAGCAGUUUGAAUAAAAUAAUUGGGAAAAUAUCUGCACAAAAGUGAAUAAUUGUUCGUAGAGGUUUCUCUUCCACUCGGUAUCUGUGCCAUUGUACAUGUUUAUGUCGGUAUCGAUUGGCUGGAAGGAUAUAAGCAGAAAGUGAUAAUUAGCUCUUUGAAAACAACAGAAGCAGGUAGAAAAAAAUGUCAGCUGACUCGGAACUGUUCUCCGUCCUGAACCGCCGCCAGCAGAUAAACGAUGCUCUGGAGAACGGCGAAGAGGUAAAGCACACCUAUCGUGUCGUUAACAUCUACACCGAGUUCCACGAGUUCUCGCGAAAGGAAAUCAAAGACUACCAAGCGACCUUCUCCAAUUACGAUGUCGGCAAGGACGGUUUCCUCGAUCUGGCUGAGCUGAAAAUCAUGAUGGAGAAGCUCGGUGCUCCACAGACCCAUCUCGGCCUGAAGGGAAUGAUCGCCGAAGUGGACGAGGACAAAGACGGCAAGAUUUCGUUCCGAGAGUUCCUGCUAAUUUACAGAAAAGCGCGAGCUGGCGAACUGGUUUCGGACUCCGGGCUCGGUCAGUUGGCUAGGCUCACGGAGAUCAAUGUCGAUGAGGUUGGUGUGAAUGGAGCUAAGAACUUCUUCGAGGCCAAAAUCGAACAGCAAUUGAGAACAAACAAGUUCCACGAUGAGAUCAGAGAAGAACAGGAGGAAAAACGCCGCAUGGAAGAGGAACGUAUUGUUCGGCGACAGCAGUUUCAGCAGCGCGCAGCCGUUUUUCAGUAAAGUGCUAAUUUGGUUGCGUGGCUGCAACUUUUUAAACUGAAAAAAAAAGAAAGGGCGAUCCAAGUUCACCGUCCAGUUCAGUUUUGGAGCAAUUGACAAAGCAAACAAAAUGUUUCUGUAAAUGUGUAAAUGUUAUCGUUACUUUAGACUAAACGCUAGUUUUAUUAGUAUAUAAUUGUAACUACAAUGUUCAACGUUUGAGAAGUAGACGAAAAGUAUGUGUCAUGUUUAGUUAAUUGAUUUUACCCAAUAAAAAUAAUACAAGUUUCGGGAUUUGAAUAAUGAAUGUGAUAAAGGUGAAUUCAUAAGUAACAGGUAGGAUACCGCAGUCGAGAACAGUAAUGUAGAAAGACGCCACGCAAAUAAAUGGCCAUAUUUUCACUUUUUUCCCUGACCUAAGGGGAAUUAGUACAAAAAGGUAUCUCACCACUAUUCUACCAUAGUAAAACUGUGCUUGAUUUUAUCGCUCUUUGCCACUACAUAAUUUUAACGAAAACCAGGAAAUGAACUACGGCAAGUGCGCCAUAUAGGCAAUGAGAGCACUGCAUCGAACAAAAGUCUGCUCAAACUAUAUGAGGUAUAUUUUUGAUAACAAGAAUUAGUCGAGCUAGGAGUAGUUUGAAGCAUGCAUGUGUAGCAGAAGGAAUGAGCUCAAUUGCUGAUGUUCGGAGGAAAAGAUUCAAAAAUUCUUGUGUGUCUAUUUAGUUUUAGUGCUCUUUGAAACAGUAUAGCGUUUAAGUGGAUUUGACAGUCACAAUGUAUAAGACUAUAAUAAAUAUUCCAGUUUA